AGGCACCGCCGGCUACCCUCCAAGAAGAAGAGGUCCUGGAAGCCGUAUAUCAAGCUGACCUGGGAGGAGAAGAAGCGACUGGAGGAGAGGGAGUCGCAGCGGGCGUCCCUGAUGCGGGCCGAGAUGUUCGCCAAGGGCCAACCGGUGGCCCCUUACAAAACCACCCAGUUCCCGAUGGAGGACGACGAGGAGGAGGACGGCACGGGCAGCGACGGUAUGGCCAACGACGGCACCAAGUUCCUGCAGAAGGACUUUUCUGAGACCUACGAGAAGUACCACAUGGAGAGCCUGCAGGACAUGAUCAAGCAGGAGCUGAUCCGUGAGUACAUGGAGCUGGAGAAGUGCAUAAGCCGCAUGGAGGAGGAAAACAACCGCCUGAGGUCACAGCAGGCCGACCCCAGGCUCCAUGAACUGGAGAUGGAGCUGGAGAAGCUCAAAGAGGAGAACUGGUGGCUGCAGAGG